GCUGAAAUGAGAAAGAGGCAGCAGUCACAAAAUGAAGGAACAUCAGCUGUGUCUCAAUCACCUGGAAACCAAAGGCCCAACAACACAUGUUGCUUUUGUUGGUGCUGUUGCUGCAGCUGUUCAUGCCUCACUGUUAGGAAUGAAGAUAGAGGAGACAAUGCAGGAAGACCAACACAUACUACCAAACUGGAGAGUAUCCAGGUCAUAGAAGAAUGCCAAAACCCUACUGCAGAUGAAAUUUUGUCUUGGGCUCAGAAUUUUGACAAGAUGAUGAAAACACCAGCUGGGAGGAACCUUUUCAGAGAGUUUCUUAGAACGGAGUAUAGUGAGGAGAACCUGCUCUUCUGGCUUGCAUGUGAAGAUCUAAAGAAGGAACAGAACAAGAAAGCUAUUGAAGAAAAAGCAAGACUUAUAUAUGAAGAUUACAUUUCGAUACUAUCACCGAAAGAGGUUAGUCUUGAUUCCCGUGUGAGAGAAGUGAUCAACAGAAACUUGUUGGACCCCAGCCCUCACAUGUACGAAGAUGCCCAGCUCCAGAUAUACACCUUGAUGCACAGAGACUCUUUUCCAAGGUUUUUGAACUCUCAGAUUUAUAAGUCUCUUGUUGAAAGUAUUACAGGCUCUACUUCUGAAACUUAAUUUUCACACAAAAUAACUUUUUUGUUUUUUUUUUCUUUGGGUGGGUGGGAUGGAAGAAAAGUAGUUUAAUAACAUCUGGAGCUGGGUUCCUGGAGAACUACAGUUUAGCACUACUCAGGCUACUGUGAAGAAAAAAAUACAUAUUAUGGUCUCUGUCUACAUUUUUACCAAGGUCCUCCUUGCUCAAGAUGGCGUGGGAGGGGAUAAAUGGAUUUGCCAAAAUACAUUUGUUUCACACUCCUUUCACCCUAUUGCAGUCAAGAUUGCAAUGAUGUAUUUGUAGUUUUAUGAACAGUUUCCUUGUGUAUCCUCACACUGCAUGUGCAAGGUAAAACUGCUUCACUUACCACUUAGUUGUUGCAAUAUUUAAUCCAAUAACAUAAAUUAUAUCUGUAUUUAAAAACUUUCUUUUGUGCAAUACAGUCCUAUGGUACAUAGAAACAAUUGCAGCAAACCAGAAAGAGGCUUGCAUUUUUUAACAUCACUAACUAAAAAGCCAAUUUUUAAGGUGUAGCAUUACUCUACAUGCUCUACUGAGUACAAUACACUGACUUUUUGAAGCCAAUAUUUCUGUACAGAGAAAAAGAGCUAUUUAUCACUGUUUAUUUAAAAUAAAUCAAGCGGAGGAUUCCUCUGGUUGUUCACUGCCAAAACUGUGGCAUUUUCAUUACAGAGUUUGCAAUGUCAAAGAAAAAGAAAAAUAAAAGAAGAAAAAAAAAAAGCACAAAUCACUUAAAGGGAUCCAUUUCUGGGUGACACAAUCUAUGCGCUGAUAUUGUUUAAUUGUUAAAAAAAACAAAGAUUUUCAAUGUACAUUUCAGAUGUCAGAUACUGUAAUUGAUUUAUUAAAGACUGGCUAUCCAGUUCUAACACUGUUGUAUAAUGUUAUGUACUUCAGAGAAAAAAAGAAA